AUGAGUGCCGAAAACAAGAAAAUAAAACCAAAGACUGAUAUUGAACACUUUCUCAAUAAUGCUAACCAGUGCGUUUGGAAAAAAUUGAAUAAUGACUCAGGUGCAGGUGCAAAUGCAGCCUCCAGGGUGGACAUGACAUUUGCUACCACUGAUCCCCUAUCUGAAAUAGUUUGGACACCAGAUAAAGGUUUGAGUCUUAAAUGUGCCGAUUCAAGCUUUGCUGAUAAAAAUACUAAUCUUUUUCGGGAUGUUGGAACAAGCUGUUUGGUUCUUGCUCCGCCACAAAAUUUUCCUGGCGGUAGUUCUACCACUGCUAAGCCAUUAGAUGAUGAUUUUGUGAAACCUUUAGCAGUUUCAUGUGCCAAGGGUGAUAUUCCUGAAGCAGAUGCUCCUACUAGGCAUGCCACAGGUGAUUCAGGUGUCAAGGCCGAGUUUAAAGCCUGUAAAGAAAAUGAUAUAGGAUCUGUUGGUCAUAAUGAGAAAGUGAACACCACAGCAACAACAUCUAAUUUGCCUAAUGAUGAAAAAGGGAAUCUAAUGAACAGUUGUGAAAAGAUGUCUGGUGAUCAAGCCAACAUUGGAACUGAUAAAAUAUCUGGGAUAGAGGGAAACAAAUUUUCAGCUAUUUCAGGCCAGGGUGACAAAGGGCCAUUGGAUAAUUUAUUACUUCAAUCAGAUAUCAAACCUAACAUGGUCCAAAAUCCUUCUGCAGGGAGGCAUGCUGAUGGAGGUGUAGAUAUUGGUCUUGGAAAAAAGGCUGUAGUAACUGAUGAUGAUUUACAUACUGCGGUUGAGCCUAUAGUGGAAUAUAAAAGCUCUGAUGCUCCAGGGACUAAUUUAGCAUCCUCGGGCGAGAGGCCUUUAGAAAAACUGGAAUAUAGUGCAGAGAAUAAUUUACGGACUGUCAACUUUGAAGCUGCUUGUGCUGGAAUAAGUGGAGUUAAUGUUAAUGAGAUUGAAAACAAAUUUCAUGACAAUGAAAUGAUGCAAACAUGUGACAAGAUUCUUCCAGUUUUACAUUCGCCGUGCCAUAGCAGAAUUCAUAAGGCAAUAAACAAAGGCAAGGAAAAAUCUUUAUCUGACGGCCAUGCAAAUGUAAAGUUCUCAACGGAGGACAAUGACAGCCAUUCAAGUGUUGAGAGCUGCAACAGUGCUGGCAUUUUUCCAACAGGUAAGAAGAAGAGACAUAACUUUCAACAACAGUUGAUAAUUGGGAGUAAAAGAGUCAAAAAUCAAAUUGAAGAAACUUCGGGUUCCAAAUCCUAUGUUAAACAGGAUAGCUCGUUCAUGAACUGGAUUUCAAACAUGGUGAAAGGACUCUCGCAGUCAAUUCAAAAAGAUUCAAACACUUUGGCUCUUACUCUUGCAAAUCCAAAUCAUCAUAACCUACAUCCUGACAAGAAACUUAUCACAUGCAAUACGAAUCAAGAUCCUGAGCCAAAAAAUACAGGAUUCAAAUCCAUUUUUCAGUCCAUAUAUUGUUCAAACUUGAAGAAUGUAGAAACAAGGAUCUCUCAUCAAGAAGGAAAGAGUAGUGACGAUUUAGAGCCAGGUAACAUGGAACAUGGAAUAAAUGCUACUCCAAUAACCUGUUGUGCAGAGAACAAUAGACUUUCCAAACUGUGUUUGCAAUCGAAUAAGUUUGAAGUAUCUACUGGAAGACAUGAUGCUGGCCCGUCUUCACAACCUCCAAUUAAACCUCUAAAUUUUUUUAAUUGUCAGGAAAGCAGCAAAAGUAACCCAGUGGAGACUAAAAAUAAUUCCAUCUAUAGCCAUAGUAAGGACAAGGAAGAAGUUUCAUCACAUUCAUCUUCAACCAAACAAAAUACAGAUAAUAAUGAUAACAUCGAUUCCAAUGUGCUGUCUGACAGAAAGGGAGAAGCGAAUAUAUGUCACACAAGAGAUAAUCUGGGAAGUCUCUGGAUAACUCGUUUUUCUCCAAAACUCACUGCUCCCUUGAGCGAACAACCCGCCAGUGAUACAGAGGCCUCAACUGAUCUUAAGGAAGAUAAGGGAAAUACUGAUCUUAAAUCAAAGUAUAAGUUCAAACCCCUUUCAUCUUCUCCAGGACUCAGAAAUUUAGAGCCCAUGGGUUCAAUGUUUGCAAGGAGAUUUGGUGCCAUCAAACAUAUCAUACCAACAUGCACAGCAGAUAAUACCACACAGGUUAAUAUGUUGUGCUUGUUUUGUGGAACAAGAGGCCAUCAACUCUCUAAUUGCUCGGUGAUUGCAGAAAACAAGCUAGAAGAUCUCCAGAAGAAUGUAGAUUCAUAUGGAGGAUUAGAAGAACAUCCUUGUCUGUGCAUCAUAUGUUUUCAGCCCAACCACUGGGCAGUUUCAUGUCCUACUUCAAUCUCAGUUACGAAACAUGAACUUAAAGCUAAUACCUUGGUCAAUGAUUGUGGAAAACAUGUCAUCCCAUGCAGUGAAGAGAGUGCCAGGCUUAAUGAGAAUGACCAAGUUUUAUCUGGUGGUUCUGUAAAUGACGAUCACCGAGCAGGUCAAGAUAUUAAUUUGAAGCGGAAAUCAAAUGAAAUUGUAGCCUUUAAGGCAGGGAGCAAUGCAUCAUUCAAGAAAUACUGUGGUUCAAGUUCAGAGGAAUACAACUGCAGAGAAAAUCCUAUAACAACUCCAUCCAAAUUAGCUGAAAAGCAGACUUCACACUUGCCAAAGAAAAUAUUUGAUGCAGUGGAAAAGCUCCGAUUGUCCCGCACUGACAUCCUGAAAUGGAUAAAUACUCAUGGGUCAAUCUCACAACUUGAUGGUUUUUUCUUGCGCCUGAGGCUUGGGAAGUGGAAAGAAGGAAUAGGGGGAACUGGAUACCUUGUGGCAUGCAUAAAUGGGACCCAAUCCCAGAGACAAUCUUCAGAGCUGAAUACAAGAAAAUCUCUCUCGGUGAAAGUGGGGAGCAUCAAGUCUAUUGGUGCCCUUAUCACUUUUACUCUAUAA